CCGAGCGGGCCUGCGAGGAGAGCAGGUCAUGUUUUCGCUCCAGGCACCUGUUGGGGUCACGCUGGGCUCGUGACAGCGUUUGCAAAGACUGUGGAGCUGCCCAGCUUGGUGUCGCGCCCUUUCAUACUUGCCAAGAUACUUAGGUUCAGAGCCGCAGUCUCUCCUUGUCCGCGAAGUGGAGAGAAAGACACUGUCUAGGAUUGUGAAGGAAGAGGAAAUAGUGAACUACCACAGGUUAUCUGAACUGCUGCUGCCUGCUGCACAUGGGCGUAAAGAGCUGUCAAGAUUUUAUCUUGGCCUGCCAUAAUAUAACAUGUGAGACUUAUACCAAAUGAAGACAGAAGAUUUCAAAUAUUAAUAAAUAUUAAUUUUCUAAAUGGAUUUGGACACUAUGUACAUCAAAUUAAGGUAAAAUGUCAGUUACAUUAGAAGAUAAGGAAGAUAUCUCAGGAAAUCCUUUACUUUUGGUUUCUCAUAUCAGACCAAUGGAACUAGGUAACUCCACAUCAAUUAUGGAACCCCCUAAUAAUCCAACUUUUAUUCCAACCAUAGCAAAUGAAGGAGGAAAACACUGGACUGUGCCAGAAGUUAGGGCUCUAAUUGGCAUCUGGUCUGAUAUAAAUAUACAACAACAACUGGAAGGAACAGUGAGAAAUAAAAGGAUAUUUGAACAAAUUGCUGCCAAGCUUCAGAAAUCUGGAAUAGAGAGAGACUGGAAACAGUGCAGAACAAAGUACAAAAACUUAAAACAUGAAUACAAGACUGUAAGAAUGGCUCAAGACCAAGGCAUAACUAAGAGUAUGAAAUUUUUUACUGAGUUGGAUGCUAUUCUGGGAUACAAUAAAAGAGAAAAAUCACAAGAACACAAAUUCCAAGAUGAAGAACAAGCCACACGAUGUGCCAAUGUAAAAACAGAAGAGAAACAGUCAGUCAUUGCUGGAGAUGCAGCAGAAGAUGACUUUGUCAGUGAUACAUCAGAAGACCUAAGAGACAGAGAUGUAAAACAAAGUCCUGGUACAGGUAAUUAUAUUCCUUUAGAAGAUGCUAAAAAUCAUUUACAGAUUGUGACAGUGAGCGACACAGAGGCUGGAAAACACUGGUGUGACAAUGAGGUCAGAGCGCUUAUACACAUAUGGUCUGAUGAAAAAAUUAAGCAAAUGCUUGAAAGGGCCACAAGAAACAAAGAAAUAUUUGAGGAAAUUGCCAGAAGACUAAUGCAGUUUGGAAUAGACAGAGACUGGAAACAAUGUCGUACCAAAUACAAAAAUUUAAAAUAUGAAUACAGAGUUUUACAAAAGAAAAAUGGCAACCCUCAAAGAAAAAUGAGAUUUUAUGAAGAAGUUGACUGCAUCCUAAGAGGACCAACUCUCAGAACUGCCAAAUGGAAACAUGAAUUAUUUGAAGGUCAUACCAAAAACCCAAGAACUUCGAGCAUGAAAAGAAAAGCACACGAAGAUGGACCAGUACCUGUAUCUCUUAAGAAAACUGUUCCUGAGAUCAUUGCAAAUACGUUUCCUCAAAGCGUAACAGAACGAAAGGAUUCUACAGAAUGUUUCUACAGACAGAAGACCCCCUACAUGAUCCAACUUCAUCAGAGCCUCGCCUCUCCUCCCGGCGCGUCCCCUGCCCCCAGCCCACGCGGGAUAAUGGCGACGGCGGAGGUACUGAAUAUUGGUAAAAAACUCUAUGAGGGUAAAACAAAAGAAGUCUAUGAAUUGCUCGAUAGUCCAGGAAAAGUCCUCCUGCAGUCCAAGGACCAGAUUACAGCAGGAAAUGCAGCCAGAAAGAAUCACCUGGAAGGAAAAGCUGCAAUCUCAAAUAAAACUACCAGUUGUAUUUUUCAGUUGUUAAAGGAAGCAGGUAUCAAAACUGCUUUCACCAGAAUGUGUGGGGAGACAGCUUUCAUUGCACCUAAAUGUGAGAUGAUUCCAAUUGAAUGGGUUUGUAGAAGAAUAGCAACUGGUUCUUUUCUCAAAAGAAAUCCUGGUGUCAAAGAAGGAUAUAAAUUUUACCCACCUAAAGUGGAGCUGUUUUUCAAGGAUGAUGCCAAUAAUGAUCCACAGUGGUCUGAAGAACAGCUAAUUGCUGCAAAAUUUUGCUUUGCUGGACUUGUUAUAGGCCAGACUGAAGUGGAUAUCAUGAGUCAUGCUACACAGGCUAUUUUUGAAAUACUGGAGAAAUCCUGGUUGCCCCAAAACUGUACACUGGUUGAUAUGAAGAUUGAAUUUGGUGUUGAUGUAACCACCAAAGAAAUUGUUCUUGCUGAUGUUAUUGAUAAUGAUUCCUGGAGACUCUGGCCAUCAGGAGAUCGAAGCCAACAGAAAGACAAACAGUCAUAUCGUGACCUCAAGGAAGUAACUCCAGAAGGGCUCCAGAUGGUGAAGAAAAAUUUUGAGUGGGUUGCAGAAAGAGUAGAGUUACUUCUAAAAUCAGAAAGUCAGUGCAGAGUUGUAGUACUGAUGGGCUCAACUUCUGAUCUCAGUCACUGUGAAAAAAUCCAAAAGGCUUGUGGAAAUUUUGGCAUUCCAUGUGAACUUCGGGUAACAUCUGCCCAUAAAGGACCAGAUGAAACUCUGAGGAUUAAAGCAGAGUAUGAAGGGGAUGGCAUUCCUACUGUAUUUGUGGCAGUGGCAGGCAGAAGCAAUGGUUUGGGUCCAGUGAUGUCUGGCAACACUGCAUACCCAGUUAUCAGCUGCCCUCCACUCACUCCAGACUGGGGAGCUCAGGAUGUGUGGUCUUCUCUUCGACUACCCAGCGGUCUUGGCUGUUCGACCAUACUUUCCCCAGAAGGAUCAGCUCAGUUUGCUGCUCAGAUAUUUGGAUUAAACAACCAUUUGGUAUGGGCUAAACUUCGAGCAAGUAUAUUGAACACAUGGAUUUCCUUGAAACAGGCUGACAAGAAAAUCCGAAAGGGCAAUUUAUAAAACAUCAUUGCUUUUUUUUUUUUUUUUUUGGUAGAAAAACUAUACAUUUCUUAUUUAGUUUCAGAAAAAAAUCAAGAUGAAAAGUUUUUAAAUCAAUCAAAAUAAUAAAAUUUACUAGUGAAUAAACGCUUCUCCAGAUUCAUGGA